UCCCUGCUCCCCCAGUGACAGCGGCGGCCGGAAGCGGGCGGGUGCUUCCCCGGCGCCGAGGCCUCUUGCUCCCCGAGGGGCGACACUGGACACUUCCCUACGUAACUCCCAUCCCUGGGCCCCGACUCUGUGCAUGGCGAAGUCCCCGGAGAACUCUACCCUGGAGGAGAUUCUGGGGCAGUAUCAACGGAGUCUCCGGGAACGUCAGAAUAGAAGCAUUCACCAACUGAAGUAUACCCUGAAAGAAGGUGAUGUCACUGUGGGAGAAGAUGCACUGGAUCCCGCAUUUAGUACCAGCGUGGGAGAUGAGGAUCCUGGCACUGCCUGGUAUGAACUGCAGCACAGCCAUGCUGUCAAUCAACUCAAAGCUUUGUUGCACCAACAAAAAAGUAAGGAAAGUGAGGUGUCUCCAUCAAGAAAACACAAUGUGUCUGCUCUGAAGUCAUCAGAAUGUGAGGAAGCCAAUAUGCCUACCGUAUACAAUCUUGUUCCUAUCAUCAAUGACCAGUCUCAAUACAUUCAUCAUUUAGAAGCAGAAGUCAAAUUCUGCAAGGAUGAACUCUCUGGAAUGAAAAAUAGGAUACAAGUAGCUGAGCUAGAAAAUGAAAAGCUCCAAGAAGAGCUGAAAUCUCAGAGACAAAAGGAAGCAAUGAGGGAACAAACACUUCUGGAUAUAUCUGGAAACCUGAAGAAUUCUUGGAUUACAACAGAUGAAGACUCUGGGAUGGAUGAAGCUGCCAAGAAACGAUUCUCCCAUGGCAAUGUAGAUACUGUCAAGGGUCCAUCUGCCAGUGAGACUGAGAAAUGGAACCUAGAACUGGAGAGGCUAAAGCUUACUUAUGAAGAAAAGACUGUUAUCCUGGAAUCUCAAUUGAAGUUUUUAAGGAAAGACCUAGCUGAAUAUCAGAAAAAUUGUGAAGAUCUUAAAGAGCAACUAAAGCAUAAAGAGUCUCUUCUUGCUACUAAUAUUUCUAAUCGAGUUGGUGGCCUUUGUUUGAAAUGUGCUCAGCAUGAAGCUGUUCUCUCCCAAACCCAUAAUAAUGUUCAUGUGCAGACCAUUGAAAGACUGACUAAGGAAAGGGAUGAUUUAAUGUCUGCGCUGGUUUCCGUCAGGAGCAGCUUGACAGAUGUGCAGCAGAGAGAAGCCAAUGCUUAUGAGCAGGUGAAACAAGCCGUGCAAAUGACGGAGGAGGCCAAUUUUGAGAAAACCAAGGCUUUAAUCCAGUGUGAACAGUUGAAGAAUGAACUGGAGAGGCAGACGGAAAGACUUGAAAAAGAACUCACGGCUCAGCAAGAGAAAAGGGCCUCUGAGAAAGAGAUGAUGAGAAAGGAAAUAACAAAAGAAAGGGAGGACAUGGGAUCAAAGAUGUUGUCCCUGUCUCAAAAUAUUGCACAACUGGAGGCCCAGCUUGAAAAGGUAACAAGAGAGAAGAUUUCAGCUAUUAAUCAACUAGAGGGAAUUCAAAACCAUCUUGCUUCCAAGGAAAUGGAGGCCACAAAGGUGUGCGGGGAAAUGCGCUAUCAGUUGAAUAAAACCAAAAUGGAGAAAGAUGAGGCAGAGAAGGAGCACAGAGAGUACAGAACAAAAACUAAAAGGGAUCUUGAAAUUAAAGAUGAGGAAAUCGAGAAAUUGAGAUUAGAAGUGAGUGAAAGCAAGCAGCACUUGGAACAGGAGCAGCAGAAGGCAGCCCGGGCCAGAGAGGAGAGCCUGAAAUUGACAGAACUGCUGAGCGAAUCCGAGCACCAACUGCACCUCACCAGACUGGAAAAAGAUAGCAUUCAGCAGAGCUUUAGCAACGAAGCAAAGGCUCAAGCCCUUCAGGCCCAGCAAAGAGAGCAGGAGCUGACACAGAAGAUACAGCAAAUGGAGACCCAGCAUGACAAAACUGAAAAUGAACAGUAUUCAUUGCUGACCUCCCAGAAUACAUUUUUGACAAAGUUAAAGGAAGAGUGCUGUGCAUUAGCCAAGAAACUGGAGCAAAUCUCUCAAAAAAGCAGAUCUGAAAUAGCUCAGCUCAGUCAAGAGAAAAAGUAUACAUAUGACAAACUGGAAAAGUUACAGAGAAGAAAUGAUGAAUUGGAGGAACAGUGUGUCCAACAUGGAAGACUACAUGAGAUAAUGAAGCAAAGGCUAAAGCAGCUGGACAAGCACAGCCAGGCCACGGCCCAGCAGCUGGUACAGCUUCUCAACAAGCAGAACCAGCUUCUGCUGGAGAGACAGAGUCUGUCAGAAGAGGUGGGGCGUCUGAGAUCCCAGUUACCCAGCAUGCGACAAUCUGAUUGCUGACCUGGACGAAACAGAGUGAAAGAAAUGGUUUACAAAGAGAUAUUUACAUUCAUCUGAUUUGUUCGUGAGAUGCCACAACGCACCACAACCUUGCCAGCGGCCAGAGCCUUGGAGGGCAGCGGGCUGCUGGGUCCGUGCCCUGUCCACUGCCUGGAGACACCUGCGAGCCGGGCGGGCUGCAGCUCAGCUCUGGUGCCAGACAAGGAGCCCUCCUGCAGGAUGUUUCCAGAAAUGGCUUGAAGUGAUUAUGUUUUUAGAUAUGCUCAUUUGUAAUGCUGUUACACAUAUGGAUUUCAAUAAAUGAACUUUUUAAAGACCUGAAUUGUAAUGUUUCCUUUUUACCUUGUAGUGAUGAACGAAACACACCAAAAAGGCACAUAUUUUAACUAGGCCAAAGGGUACGAAGGACCAGACUUUCUUCCUGCCAUUCACGUUUCCUUCCCUCUUCAGGAGCUAGGGAUCAUCCUCCCACUGCUUAUGCUUUGAAUCAACAUCUCAGAAGUCUCCCAUUAUUUAUCAUCCUGCUACUCUUUGCACAGUCAGGAGGCAUCAGGAAGCACUCUGUAUCCUGUCCACUGUUCACAACGAAAACAGACAAGAAAGUGUCUUUGGCUUGGUGGUCGGGUCUCUUCUCCAAUGUGCGGUAUCUGAGAGAAGCCUACAAAUGUACUUCGUGGAAUUACAAAAUUGACUUCGAGGUCUAGCAGGUAUCUGUACACAGAUCAUUAGUUUGAGUAUUUCUACUACACACAGUUAAGCCCUCAGAUGCUUAAAAGUAAUAGAAACGGGCACUGAAAGUGUCGUGUUGUCUCUGAGAAGGACAGUGAAGCAGUAAAGGCAAGGCUGCAGGCGGAGGCCCAGACCUCAGGCAGGUCUCCUG